CCUCAAGGUCACCUUCCCUCUACGAUAUCAAUUUUAUCUCCACUGUGCCGGACCACAGCAGCAAACUUAACACAAAACUAGAAUGGCAACAAUAGCUGGUCUUAACCUCUCGACCCCUAGAGUCUUAGCUAAGGCAACAGACACCCCAAAAGCUCAACCCCUCAUCAAGUUAAACCAACAACGGAGGAGGAGCUACCAACUGUGGUCCGGGCGCGUGCAACUCCGACCCGUGAGAGCAGCCCCUGAGGGAAUAUCAGAGAAGGUGGAAAAGAGCAUAAAAGAAGCAGAGGAGGCGUGCUCCGGUGAUACAGCUAGUGGAGAAUGCGCAGCUGCAUGGGAUGAAGUGGAGGAGUUGAGUGCGGCUGCUAGCCAUGCCAAGGACAAGAAGAAAGGGUCCGAUCCUUUGGAAGAGUACUGCAAGGACAACCCAGAGACAGAUGAAUGCCGCACUUACGAGGAUUGAAAUGGUUUUUACUUGGUGCAUCUUUUCUUAGAUAUUUAUUAAAUUUGGAUCCUUAAUACUGGUUUAUGUAACAAUGGAGAUGGUGGAUAUCAUAAAUUUGGUGGUUAAUUAUUAGUGUUAAUUACUGGCCA